AUGGCGAAUUGCAAACCUGUGUCCACUCCAGUUGACACCAAACCGAAGUCGUCGGCUCAGGAGGGCUCCCCGGCAACGAAUGCCAUGCUCUACCGCAGCAUUGCAGUUGCGCUGCAGUAUCUCACUCUCAUGAGACAGGACAUUGCAUAUGCGGUGAACCAGGCGUGUCUCUUCAUGCACGCUCCAAGCGACGCGCACUGGAAUCUCAUCAAGCGCAUCCUCCGGUACCUGUGUGGCACGAUCAACGACAGCAGUCAUAUCUCGGCUGCGCCGUCCUGCGACCUCAUGGCGUACUCGGAUGUCGACUGGGCCGGCUGCUCCGACACACGCCGUUCCACGUCCGGCUACUGCGUGUUCCUGGGAAAGACGCUGAUCUAG